AUCCGGCAGGUCGGAUAUUUCUUCCUUUUUUUCUUCCCCUUUUUCAAUUUCCUUAUCAACGCUCCGAACCCCCGAUCGCUGAUUGCUCCCUCUUUCUCUCGCUCGCCAUACAUCUUUUUUACCCUUUCUCUCUCUCGCCUGAACCAGUCCCUCUUCUCUGCUCUGCUCUGCUCCUAACAUGUCGAACUCAUUGCGAUUGUACUUGGCGUGUAUAAGGAACACUCUCGAUGCCGCAUUGUGUCUACAGAAUUUUCCUUGUCAAGAAGUUGAAAGGCAUAACAAGCCGGAAGUUGAGCUGAAGACCAGCUCGGAACUUCUGCUAAAUCCUGUUUUGAUAUGUCGAAAUGAGGCUGAAAAAUGCUUAAUAGAGACAUCUAUAAAUUCCCUUCGGAUAAGCCUCAAGGUAAAGCAGGCAGAUGAGCUUGAAAAUAUACUCACUAAAAAAUUUCUUAGAUUUUUGUCGAUGAGAGCAGAAGCAUUUCAGGUGUUGAGGAGAAAGCCAGUGCAGGGUUAUGAUAUUAGUUUUCUUGUAACAAAUUAUCAUUGCGAGGAGAUGCAAAAGCACAAGCUCAUCGAUUUCAUUGUACAGUUCAUGGAGGAUAUUGAUAAGGAGAUAAGUGAAUUAAAGAUGUCAGUGAACACCCGGGGGAGGCUGGUCGCCACAGAGUUUCUGAAACAAUUUAUGUAAUAUUUCUGUCUCCAAGUUGUAUAUGAAUUCUGCUUUCACAUACGCUGUUGAACCAUCAGACAGUUUUUUCUGUUACCGUCUCAUAACGGUUUGCCAAUGGUAUGAAAGAAGCUUUGGAAGUGAGUUGGUUUA